AUGACCACCUUCUCGAUCUCGUCGGUUCUUGAAAAGAUGUCCAACAGGGACAAGGACUUCAGAUACAUGGCGCUGUCCGAUCUUCUUAACGAGCUGAAGAAGGAUACCUUCAAGAUGGACAACGACUCUGAGAAGAAGAUUUGCACUGCCAUGGUCAUUAUCGACACGCUGAGCGACUAUGUGCUGCAAAACAAGAAGAGCGAGCUUCGAGACAUUGCCGGCAUCGGUCUCAGGACCGUUGUGGCCCAGACCCCUCCCGAGUCGCCUACUGCCACCAUCGUCAUCCAGAGAGUGAACCCCAAGCUCAUCCAGGGCGUGUCGCAAGAUAUCCCUGAGGUGGUCAUGGAGUGCUUGAGCGUCCUGAGCGACGUUCUCAGGCGCUACCCCACGCUCGUCCAGGAGCACGAAAAGAUCCAGAAGGCCAUCGUGCCCCACCUCACCUCUACACGCGACGCCUCGCGCAAGAAGGCCAUCUCGUGCCUUGGCUACUGGUCCGUCUCGGCCCCCGACAACCUCUUCUCGGACCUUGUCACCUACCUCCUGAACGAGAUCCAGAGCGCCAAGAAGGCCAACUACAUUCGCACCCUCAUUUCCGUGAUUGGUGCCAUCAGCCGUUCUGUGGGUUACCGCCUGGGCAAGUUCCUCGAGAGCAAGGGCAUCAUCGGGCUGCUCGUCAAGUACCUGCACGACGAGCGCUUCCAGUCCGACGACGAGCUCAAGGAGAACACUUUCCAGACGUUCGAGUCGCUCGUGCUGCGAUGCCCGUCCGAGGUGCGGCCCUUCAUCGACGAGAUCCUGGCCCAGGCCCUCGAGUUCAUCAAGUGGGACCCCAACUACGAUGCGGUCUCGGAUGAGGAAGAAGAGGAAGAGGGUGGCGAGGACGACGAGGAGGAAGAGGAGCCCAGCGACGACGAGGACUACAGCGAUGACGACGACAUGAGCUGGAAGGUGCGCAGGGCCGCUGCCAAGUGCAUCGACGCCGUUGUCGUCACCAGGCCCGAUCUCCUCGAGAAGCUCUACAAGAUGGUCGUGCCCGCCAUCGUCGCCCGCUUCAAGGAGAGGGAGGAGAACGUGAAGCUGGACAUCUUCGGCGUGUUCAUCGAUGUGCUCAAGCAGACCACCCUCGUCAGCAGGGGCUCCAGGAACACCGAGGAGGGCGUGCUCGCCCAGCUCAAGUCCAACAUCCCCGCGGCGAUGGGCAACCUGAACAAGGAGCUCAAGUCCAAGGCGGUGAAGGCCAAGUCCAGGACCGGCAUCUUCCAGCUGCUGAAGGAGCUCGUCCACACCUACCCCGGUGCCCUCAACGAGCACAUCGGCGACGCCGUCGUGGGCAUCACCACCUCCCUCUCCGGCAAGGGCACCGACGCCAGCACCAAGAUGGAGGGCCUCACGUUCGCCCGCCUUCUGCUCACCUCGCAUGACGCUGCCGUGUUCCACCCGCACAUCAAGGCCCUCUCGGCGCCCGUGCUCAAGGCCGUGGGCGACAACUACUACAAGAUCACCGCCGAGGCGCUGCGCGUCACCUCGCACCUGGUCACCGUGAUCAGGCCCCACAACGGCGCCGCCUCGCAGUUCGACCACAAGCCCUACGCCCAGAAGAUCUACGACAGCAUCUUUGAGAAGUACAACGCGCAGGACAUCGAUCAGGAGGUCAAGGAGAGCGCCAUCACCUGCAUGGGUCUCACCGUCGCGCACCUGGGCGACGGCCUGUCGGCCGACUCACUCAAGAAGGCGCUCGACAUCCUCCUGCAGCGCCUCAGCAACGAGAUCACCCGCCUCACGUCGGUCAACGCGCUCAUCGAGAUCGCCAACUCGCCGCUCAAGGUCGACAUCCGCGCGAUCCUGCCCGAGGCCCUCACCGAGCUGGCCGCCUUCCUCAGGCAGGCCAACCGCCAGCUCAAGCAGGCCUCGCUCCGGGCGCUCGCCGUGCUGGUCAAGUCCUACGGCGCCGACAUCAAGAGCCAGCAGUACGAGGCCGUGCUCAACGAGUCGGUCAACCUCAUCAGCGACGUCGAUCUCCACCUCACCCACCUCGCGCUCCGGCUGCUCGAGACCGUCAUCUCGGUCGACAAGGACUCGAUCAACGUCGUCCAGGCCAAGCUCUACCCGCACAUCCUCGCCCUCGUGCAGAGCCCCGUGCUGCAGGGCCUCGCGCUCGAGUCGCUCCUCGCCCUCUACAGCGCGCUCGUCGCGGCCGACCACAAGAAGUUUGGCUUCCAGGAGCUGCUCGACUCGCUCCUGGGCCUGUCGCUCAAGGCCUCGCAGACCACCAAGCAGAGCCAGGCCAACAUCGCCAAGUGCAUUGCCGCCCUGUGCGUCAACGCCACCGCCGACCAGCGCAAGGCCACCGUCGAGCGCUUCAUCGCCGACGUGCGCAAGGCCGGCACCUCGCGCGUGCUCGCGCUCCUCGCGCUGGGCGAGAUCGGCCGCCGCGUCGAUCUCUCGGCCCACACCGACAUCCAGUCCGUGCUGCUCGACGCCUUUGACGGUGGCGAAGACGAGAAGUCGGCCGCCUCGUUCGCCCUCGGCAACGUCGCGGUGGGCAACGUCGAGCGCUUCCUGCCCUUCGUGCUGGCGCAGAUCAAGGAGACGCCCAAGAAGCAGUACCUGCUCAUGCACUCGCUCGAGGAGAUCAUCUCCCACAGCACCGGCGCCGCCGCCGCCACUGCCCUGCUCCCGCACCUGACCGAGGUGCUCGCCCUGCUGUUCCAGCACGCCGACAAGGACGAGGAGGGCAUCCGCACGGUGGUGGCCAAGUGCCUGGGCAAGUUCACCCUCAUCAGCCCCGACCAGCUCGUGCCCGCCCUCCAGAAGAAGAUCGGCGACGCCUCGCCCCAGACCCGCGUGUCGGUCAUCACCGCCAUCAAGUACGCCGUCGACCCGCACCCGCACCCGGUCGACGCCGCGCUGGCCACGAUCAUCCCGCAGGUGCUCGCGGGCCUGAGCGACCCCGAGGUCGAGGUCCGCCGCGCCGCGCUCCUCACCCUCAACUAUGCCGCGCACAACAAGGCCAACCUCGUGCGCCCGGUGCUGAGCGAGCACCUCAACGCCCUCUACGCCGAGACCCUGGUCAAGAAGGAGCUCAUCAAGGUGAUCGACCUCGGCCCGUUCAAGCACAAGGUCGACGAGGGCCUCGAGAACCGCAAGGCCGCGUUCGAGUGCCUCUACACCCUGCUCGACACGUCGAUCGACAAGCUCGACAUCCCGGCCCUCAUCAAGCACCUCGUCGAGGGCCUCCAGGACAUCCACGACAUCCAGCUCCUGUGCCACCUCAUGCUCGUCAGGCUCGCCCAGCACGCCCCCACCGCCCUCCUCACCGGCGUCGAGCUCCUCAUCGAGCCCCUCAGGAAGACCGUCACCAGCAAGGUGAAGGACAACUCGGUGAAGCAGCAGGUGGACCGCAACGAGGAGCUCAUCAGGAGCGCGCUGCGAGCCAUCGCCGCCAUCUCGCGGAUCCCCGACAUCGAGACCGCUGUCAAGUUCGACGAGUUCGUGAAGCAGACCGUCAAGACCGGCCCCUACGCCGAGCAGUUCGACAACAUCGUCAAGGAGACCGCCCCCAAGACCUCCAGCGACUAA